GUGCCUUAUUCAGUCUUCUCUCUCGCUCUCUCCGCUGCUGUAGCUGGACCCUUCGCCUUCUCCACCGCUCAGCAUCUGCACAUCCCUACAAUGGCUAAAACAGCAAUGGCCUACAAGGAAAAAAUGAAGGAACUGUCCAUGCUGUCACUGAUCUGCUCUUGCUUUUACCCGGAACCUCGCAACAUCAACAUCUACACCUACGAUGAUAUGGAAGUGAAGCAAAUCAACAAACGUGCCUCUGGCCAGGCUUUUGAGCUGAUCCUAAAACCACCAUCUCCUAUCUCAGAAGCCCCACGAACUUUAGCUUCUCCAAAGAAGAAAGACCUGUCUCUGGAGGAGAUCCAGAAAAAACUGGAGGCUGCAGAGGAAAGAAGAAAGUCUCAGGAGGCCCAGGUGCUGAAACAAUUGGCAGAGAAGAGGGAACAUGAGCGAGAAGUCCUUCAGAAGGCUUUGGAGGAGAACAACAACUUCAGCAAAAUGGCGGAGGAAAAGCUGAUCCUGAAAAUGGAACAAAUUAAAGAAAACCGUGAGGCUAAUCUAGCUGCUAUUAUUGAACGUCUGCAGGAAAAGGAGAGGCAUGCCGCGGAGGUGCGCAGGAACAAGGAACUCCAGGUUGAACUGUCUGGCUGAAACGAUGGAGGGUAUGGCACGCCCCACCAUUAGUAAAUCCCCCUGCCUAUAUUAUAAUGGAUCAUGCGAUAUCAGUAUGGGAAAUGUAUGACAUGGUUUAAAAAGAACUCAUUAUAAAAAACAAAAACAAAAAAACAGAAUCAAAAAUUAAAAAAAAAAUCAAUGCGGUCUCUUUGCAGAAUGUUUUGCUUGAUGUUUAAAAAAUACCUUGGAUCUUAUUUUGUAAAUACUUACAUUUUUGUUAAAAAAUACAAGUAUUGCAUUAUGCAAGUUAUUUCAUAAUCUUACAUGUCCUGUAACAGGCUUUUGAUGUUGUGUCUUUCCACUCAAAUGAAUUUGCUAGGUCUGUUCUUUUUGAAGCCCUCAUGUCAAACUCCAUUCCCUGCCCUUUUCAUUCCAACAGAAAAAUGAGGUCAGUAGACAGUCUAUGGUGCUAGAAACCCACCAUUGCCUAAUGACCUAGAUGGCUUUGUAAUCUCUGAACUUGACUAAGACCACACCUAGGUUACAGGUUUUAUGACUCCACACGAACCUCCACAUUUGUUCACUCAUAAUCUACUAACUGCCUAGAAACUACAAAACCAGGCUAAGAAAAAAAAAAAAAACCAAAACACCAAUCAUAGCAUUUACUUCUGCUUCUCCUGGAUUAUGUGCUACAAAUGUGCUUUGGCUUUAGAAAGGGAUGGAUGAGAAGACAGAGCUGAGAUCAACCUGGGUAGAAGCAGAAAGUUAAACCCUUUAAAAGCGCUGAACACAGAUUCGAAUCCAAAUGGUUCAAGCAGCCAUGAAAUCGCUCUUCAUGAAGUGGGCUUAAUUCUCUAGUUUAAGUUCUUUUGAUGGAAUGAAUUAAUUAAUGUGUCAGGUGGCUUAUUUGUGGAUGCCAUGAUUGAUGAUGUUCAUUUUAAGCUCUUACCUAUAGUACAAGUACAUGAUGCUACUGAAUAUUUUUCCACUUGGAAACUGUGAGCUGGUUGUUGCAUUGAAACACACAUACAAACGAGAUCAAAAACACUGCGGACUUUCACUCAAGCUGGUCUUUCUUCCCCAGUGUGAGGCAAUCCUGCCUAUUAAAAAAAAAAAAAUUACUCCAUCUGUGAGGGCUGAUACAGCUAAGGGGGCUAGGCAGGGCAUUUGUGCCAACUAAGAAUCACCAGACACCCACCAUAAGUACCUAUCGCAGUUUUGAAGUCGUUUCUCCCCCAAAUCCCAACUCCUGAAGGUUGCUGCCUGCAUAUUUACUCUUCAUUAGUGCUAUUUUCCUGUAUGUCAU